AUGGGCCUCGCCUACAACACGUACCUCAACAGCAGCAAAAUCUACGGCUGCAAGACGUGCAAAGCGCACCUCGCCAAUCAUGAGGACAUAAUCAGCCGAAACUUUCGAGGCCAGCACGGCAAAGCCUAUCUAUUCAAUAAUGUCGUGAACAUUGACAUGGGCGAGCCAAGCGAGCGCAAUAUGACAACUGGGAGGCAUAUCGUCCGUGAUAUCACUUGCCGACAGUGCAAAGAGACGGUGGGAUGGAAGUACGACAAGGCGUACGAAACUACUGAGAAGUACAAGGAGGGCAAGUUCAUUCUGGAGGCGGAGCUUCUCUGCAAUGUGACGUGA